AUGUCUAAAUUAGUUCAACAAGUUAAAUUCGAUAACACUGGUAUCAAAAUUUCUCCCAUUAUUGUUGGUUGCAUGUCCUAUGGGUCAAAACAAUGGGCAGAAUGGGUUCAAGAUGAUAAGGAAAAGGUUUUUGAAAUCUUAAAACAUUGUUACGAUCGUGGUUUACGUACUUUUGAUACAGCUGAUGUUUAUUCAAAUGGUAUCAGUGAAAGAUUACUUGGUGAAUUUUUGAAGAAAUUCAAUAUUAAGAGAGAAACUGUCGUCAUUUUGACCAAGACAUUCUUCCCAGUGGAUGAAUCUCUAUCCCUUGCUUUGGGUGAAAUGUCCUUUUCAGAAUCUGAUACUUUGGAUCUCACAAAUCAGCGAGGUUUAUCACGUAAACAUAUUUUACAGUCAGUUAAAAAUUCUGUUGAAAGAUUGGGUACCUACAUUGAUGUUCUACAGAUUCAUAGAUUUGAUCCAACUACACCAAUCAAGGAAACUAUGAAGGCAUUAAACGAUGUUGUGGAGAGUGGAGAUGUGAGAUAUAUUGGUGCAUCCUCAAUGUUGCCAACCCAAUUUGUUGAAAUGCAAUCUGUCGCUGAUAAACAUGACUGGUUCCAAUUCGUUAAUGUGCAAUCUUGUUACAACUUAUUAUACAGAGAAGAUGAACGUGAUUUGAUGCAAUACUGUGAAAAGCACAAUAUUGCUUUAACACCUUGGUCCCCAAAUCAUCAAGGUCUGUUGACCAGACCAAUUGGUGUAGAAUCUGAGAGAUCUACCACGGAUAAGAUUAUUAAUGGAUGGAAUAUGAAAGACUUGAAACCCUCUGAAAUUGAAAUUAUCAAUCGUGUCGAAGAAUUGUCAAAGAAGAAGAACGUUUCAAUGGCAGUCAUCUCCACCGCAUGGGUGUUGUCUAAAGGUUGUGCACCAAUUGUUGGUAUGAGUUCAAUUUCAAGAGUUGAUGAAGUUAUUACAGCUUUGGAUGUUAAAUUCACAGAAGAAGAAACUAAGCAAUUAGAAGAACCAUACAAACCAAGAAACUUUUUAUUUUAA